AUGGCUGGGCCCCCAAAUUCCAAUCUCCGCGCAUUCAACCACGCCGUCCAGACCCUCGCCAAACAACCCUCGCAAUUCCUCCCACACCUCACGAUCCCGACUUUUACGCAUCUUCCCGAGGACUUAGGACCACAUCUUGUCGGCGCAAAUGCCAGCAUCCCAAAAACAUCCUCCGAAAAGGCGACUCCUCCUAGAAUCCCUACAAUCCGCGCCCUAGUCCUCGACAAAGAUAACACCCUCUGCCCGCCCAAAACAACCACUUUCCCACCGCAAAUUCUCUCCAAACUCGCCUCACUCCGACAAUCACCAACAUCCCCCUUCAAAAAUAUCAACAGCAUCCUCAUCGUCUCCAAUCGCGCCGGCAGCCACCCCAAAUACGAAGACGAGGUCUCAUCCCUCGAGUCCCAGCUCUCCCACCUCUCAAUACCCGUGUUCCGUCUGCCAGCAGGCACAGAGAAAAAGCCAUUCUGUGGCGAUGAGGUUGUACAAUGGUUCCGAGAGCGAGAGGUUGUCAAUUCUGCCGAUGAGAUUGCGGUGGUGGGAGACCGACUCGGGACGGAUGUUAUCAUGGCGCAGCUGAUGGGGUCGUGGAGUGUUUGGUGCAAGGAGGGCGUGUUUGAGCCCGGUGAGGCUGGGAAGCCGGAGCGCAAUAUCCUUGAGAAGAUGGAGGUUUGGAUUGAGGCGUUCUUGCGAGGGAGGGGGUAUACGGCGCCGAAACCCAAAGGGUGGGAUUCGUAG